ACAAUAACAAAAUGCCAUACCCAACACCACUUUUGGAUCACAUCACAACACGUUCAGAAUUUAGAAACAAUGUCUAUGAUCCAUCUGAAGAUACAUUCUUAUUUUUAGACGCACUAGAGAAGGAUAUUGAUUUUAUAAAACAGAUUAAACCAUCGAUUGUUGUUGACUUAGGUUGUGGAAGUGGGUGCCUUGGAGUCUUUUUACUUCAAAUUUUAUCUACCAACAGUUCUUCCGCUAAGAAAAAUACAUUGUUAAAGCAAGAAGAUGGGAUGGAAAGAAUUACCGAUAAGGCUACAAAACACUCACUCAACAAUUUGCCGUUUAUAAUAGGCAUUGAUAUUAAUCAUACAGCUUGCAUCGCAGCAUCCUGUACAAGCCAAGUCAAUAAUGUGUCUUGCAAUUAUGAUACAUUUGUAGGAAAUCUAACUGAUAAUCUUCGCCCUUAUAGUGCAGACGUGAUCUUAUUUAAUCCGCCCUAUGUACCGUCAAAACUUGAAGAUGUUGCGAAACCUUGCAUCACAGCUGCAUGGGCUGGUGGAAUCAACGGAUCCAGUGUGAUUCAUGAGUUUAUUAGCUUGCUUCCGACAUGCCUUUCAAAGACUGGAUGCGCUUAUAUACUUUUAGAACAACGCAAUUCCUUUGAAAAUAUAAACAAACAUUUUAAAUCACUUGGAUUUGAUUUAACGAUUAUUCUGGAAAAACGACGAAGAAAUGAGCAUCUUUUCAUUAUUAAGUGCACCUUCCAAAAAUAGGUUUCCA